AUCUCACCGCAAAGAGCACCACCGCCAGCAGCUUCCUCAACAGACAAAAAACCAUCCCCAAAUCUUCUCAAACAACCUUCAAAGCUAUCUCUAGCUCUCCCACCAAUAAUCUACCCCGCCAAAAUGCAAUUCCUCAAGACCCUCCUCGUCCUCCUUUUUGCAGCGCUCAUUAGCGCGGCUGCCUUCCCGCAGGACCCAGACGCAGCAGUUGAAGCCGGCUUCACGGGUUUGCGCACCAAACAGAGUGCAGACGGCAAGCAAUACACCUUCUCAAUCUAUGAAGGAGGAAAGCUUGAGAGCACGAUCGUUGUCGUCGACGACCCGGCUGCCCCCGAUCUCGUCAUGAGCGCCUUCGAUGCUAGUGGUGCUCAGGUCAACGGUGCAUCAUUAGAUGCAGCGGGUGCAACUGCAAACGCGGACUCCCCGGACGCGCAGGGACCUUGCAGUAAAGCUUGCCGGAUUUGGAAAUUUAUCAGAAAACAUGGGAGACGUGCAAUUGUGGGAAAUUUUCUGCUCGAAUAGCCAUCUUGGAAGGGUGGAUUUACUGACGUCUGAUUAGAGGUUUAUCGCCUGCCUCGGGAACAAAAUCCCUGCAAGCUGCUGGUUUGCGGUAUGUGCUGGUUUAUCCAGGAUGAGAGAUCCUAGUCGGUGCUUACUAUGAUAUUGGUAGAUUUUCGGAUGUAUGGUCAGUCCGAACCCUUGGAUGUGCUUCGAGGGUAUCCUCUGCAGUGCCGGGCCUAUUAGAGCUUGUGUUCGUGCCUGAGCAUGUAAGUGGUUCUCCAAUCACUCUGAGUACUAAACCUGACACCGAAGUAGUUUGCUUGCAGUCCUGCCCAAUGGCUCUAUCAAGCUCUAUCCAGAGCCCGCUCGAGAUUGAUUUGAGGUGGAAUUUCCUUUUUUCUUUGAUACUUGCUGGGGGAAAUGAUUUGUCGUGAUAUUUGUGAUGUUGGUUUUUUAUCUGUUAGCCU